AUGGACUGCACCUUUCCUUUCAGGUCUGCCACACGAUGCUUGCUGCAGCUGGAUGACGAGCAGCUGGAUCAGUGGAAGUACACUCAGCAUAUAAGGCCCCGGUACCACCACAGCGAGCGAAGCCUGAGCCCAGCUGGCCAAGGAUGCCAGAACAGCCGCUUGGAGCCACUGGAGUGCCGGGAUCUGCUGGUCCAGAAUGCGCUCUUCACUGGGGACCUGGAGAUGGUGCGGAAGUACUUCACCAAGAGCGCAGCCAUCAAUCUCAUCAUUGAGACCAAGGGUGAUGAGCUGCGCUGGACUAGCAGGAAAUUUGGACUGUGGUCUCUGAGCUAUGAGCAGGAGCUCACCACGCCACUGCACAUCACAGCCAGCCGGGGCUACACGGACUGCCUGCGGCUCCUGCUGCUCAGGGGUGCUGCCGUGAACUUUGCACCAGGGGGUAAGACUGCCCUGCAUGAGGCUUGUGCAGCAGCCAAGACAGAUUGCGUGCGCCUGCUGCUCGGCUUUGGUGCUGACCCCGAGGCUGUCUCUGAGGAUGGCUACAAGCCCCUGCAUCUCUGCAAGAGCCCGGACUCCAUUGAGUGUGUCCACCAACUGCUGCAGCAUGGCGCCAGCGUGAACAGUCGGACAGAGGAGGAAGAUGACACAGCACUGCAUGUAGCAGCACGGCAUGGCCUAACAGACCACGUCCAGCUGCUUCUGCGCUAUGGGGCAGAGCUGGAGGCAAAGAAUGAGGAGGGGCAGACGCCACUGAAUGCUGCCUGUGCUCAGCCCCAUCAACCCCUGGACAUGGACCGCUACUAUCGGGUCUGCCAGCUGCUGGUAGAGAGUGGUGCUAGCAUCAAUGCUGCAGAUAGAGACCGCCAGCACCCACUGCACCUGGCCUGCAAGAAUGCUAAUGCUCAAGUAGCAGAGUUACUGCUGGCUCGGGGUGCCAAUGUCAAUGUCAUGAACUACAGCGGCAACACAGCACUGCACAAUAUCCUGCAAGCAACUGCCUACAAACUAGAGCACCACCCAGAGCUUGUGGUGCGAGCCCUGCUCAACUAUGGUGCCAUCCGCAUCUGGCCAGGCUCCCUCCUCAAGGUGCUGCGGUAUUGCCAUACCUGCCCACGUGUCAUCGAGGCCCUGAUGAACAGCUAUGAUCACGUGCGUGUCUCCGAUGACUGGGUGGAAGCAGUUCCAGCGGAGGUUGUGCAGAAAUACCCACGUUUCUACCAGUCACUUUUCUCCCUGGAGCAAAGACCUCGCUCCUUGCAGCACCUGGCUCGCUACACACUGAGGACCUUCCUGGAGGGCCGGCUGCUUCUGGUCCUCUCUCAACUGCACCUGCCAAGUGCCUUGCACCGUUUCCUGCUACUCAGCUUCGAGGAUGUUCUCUACUAAGGGCCGCGGUUCCAGUCCUACUGUGCCUUUCUGUGCAGAUGUUCCAUCCUUGAUGGUGCAGUCUGUGCCUUCCCAGCUGACCCCUUCCCCUUGUAUACCUGCCAGGCCAUGUCAGUCCCCCUGUGCCAAACCUGUCACUGUGUUCCUGUCCCAGCCGGCCUUGUGCUCUGCCUCGUUCACCUAUUUUGGAGUAUUCUGUUUACCCAUACUAAUCAGGACAAUCUCCAUACUCACUAAGAAAACAGGAGAUGGGGAUCAGGGCUGUUGGUGGGACAAGCAGCAAAUAUGCUGCAUUGAUUGCAGUUUUGGCUGUAGGAUAUCAGUCUCCCUAUCCCAAAUUUACAAACUCUAACCUGAACCAGGCAGCUCUGGUGCCCUGGGUAUUUGUUGGGAUCCUGUCUUCACUCAAGUUAUUUACAGUUUGUACCCAAAGGUGUACAAACCUACCCUGUUUUACAGCCCUGUGUAGCCAUAGUUGUAAUACCCUUCGAGCCGUGUUGGAAGCAGCUUCCUUCCUCCUAACUUACACAGGAGAGGGUCCACAGAUAAGUUAAAUAGUAUCAGGGACAUUGGAUCGCCUUGUUUUACACCAAUCGGGAUCCCAAUGGGAUCUGACUGUUCAUUCUUCUAGCCAAUUCAAGUGGUAAUAUUAUGAUGUAAGUUGGUAAUCAGGGUGAAAAUAUGAUCAUCCAUGCCCUUUUGUUUGGGAGCCAAAAUGAUAAGAGAAUGGCUCACGGUGUUGAGGGCUUUUGCGAGAUUGACAAAGACUGCCCUCAGUGGUCGAUGGUCCCUCUUAGCAUUGCGCAUCAGAAGCUGUAGCAGUUUUAAAUUUUUGGAACGCCCAGCUGAUCUUAUAAAUCCCCUUUGUCUGGUAUUAAUGGGACAUGCCUUAGUUAGCCUUUCAGUUAAGGUCGUUGAAAACAACCUUAAAAUGGUUGAAGUGAUGGUAAUAGGCCCCCAAUUAUUGAUGUUCACCUGGCAUUCCACUAAGGCUGAUUUUGGUAUUAGUGCAGUCCGACAUCCUCUCGCCACAUCAGGUACAAUUCCCAACACCAGCCGUAAGCUGAAGAGUUCCAUUAACUGGGUACACUGGGGAUCGAUCAUCAUAAGAUCCCUCAAACUGAACCCAUCUGGUCCUGGUGCUGAGUUCUUACUCAUCUCUUUGAUGUUUUUCGAGAUUUAUUUUGCCGUGACCAUGGCUUCAAAUGCCAGGUUGUCUGCCUGACCAACAGUCCUGAAAGCACCAAGGCCAUUGAAUGUUCCCAGCAACUCCCAUCUAGACUUGAACACCUUGUGUACUUCAUCUAGUGGUAUCCUGCACCUCAGGGCUUCCACAUCAUCCAGGGUAAUACUGACAAGCUUCCCUCUAUCCAGAUAAAACAGCCACUGGAAUAGUAGGAAUUGCCCCCUCUUCUUCAUCCACUCCUUUGGUGGUUCCAAAAGAGUAGCCCUAUGGGCCGACUGGUGUUUCCAUAUCUGGCUCGCUUUCAACAUGGUGGACUUUGCAAAGAGGCAAGAAUAGUAGUCUUCCACCACUUCAGCGAUCAAUACUGAAGUGUCUUCCUUCCCUUCAAGAACCUUUUCAAAACUUUCUCACAGACUGGGCAGUUUUUCAUGUCAGCCAGUCAGAAAUUGCUCUCUGAUACUGGGACCUCAGUCCUCCCUCCACACAUGACCCAAUGUCUGUAAGAUGUUUUCCUUCUGUUUCUAGACGUUCUCUCAAUUCCUGGUCUUUUUCCCUUAUUUUCACUGGACUCUUAACGCAGACCUUUUAUCACUUACCUGCUUUGCUGUUUUUGAUGGAGUAUGUUCCACGAUCAUUGAUGUUCUUGCUCUCCUCGUGGUGCUUAUCCAAUUUCUGCAACAGCUCCAUCUCCUCCUCCAGCCAGCACUGCCAGUGUGCCCCUCUUUCAGAACGCUCUCUUGGGUGGAAGGCAACAAUCUGCUCCAAGUUUCUCACAACUGGGUGGGCCAGGCGUUUGUGUUGUCCCAGGAAGAUAUUUGAUUGGAAUAUUCUUCCACAUUCCCCACAGACUAAGCUCUCCACCUGUCUAUACCUACCAGAGUACAACUUCUGCCUUGCCUUGAAGGCUGUCCUGACAGAGCUCACCCAUGUGACAUAUCAUGCAUAGCGGCAUGUGCGCUCUCAGCCCUGUGCAUCCAUUUGUUUCUCAGAGGACACGGGGGAAUGUGUGGUAGGUGUGGGGCUGAGGCCUCCCAGACAAACACUUCUCAUGCAGGUGCAAAGUAUAGGAUUGCCCAGCUUUGCAGCUUGGGGCACCGCAGCAGUGCUUGUGCCAGCACUGAGGACUUGGAUGUGGGGCGAGGAGGAAGCAUGCCCUGAGAAUGGCGGGUCCCCUGGGUACAGAGCAGCCAGCCCCUAUGACAGCCCAGCCAGCACCUGCCAGAGCACAGUACAGGUCCACAUGCUGCUCCCUGGGCAGCACCCACUCUAGGCGAGGUAAAGGGUAACAUUUGUUUCUGCAAUUUGAAGACACAGUUGUAAAGAAAUCAAAGCACUGACCAUCCUUUAAAGAUUUGCUGUAAGCAAGGGAGAGGAUUCUGCCCCUCUGCCCCGCUCCGUGAGACCCCCCCGCAGCGCCGCCUCCAGCUCGGGGCUCCUCAGCACGGGACAGACACGGGGCUGUGGGAGCGGGGCCAGAGGGGGCACAGAAAUGCUCCAGGGGCUGGAGCCCCCCUGCUGCGAGGCCGGGCUGGGAGAGCUGGGGCUGUGCAG